GUGACAGAGGGCGUUGGGUGGGGAAAGGGGAGAGGGAGUUCCAGAUCGCUGAUUCCUCGAGGAAGAAGAGGAAGAAGAGAAGAAAAGAGAACAGAGGAGGAGAAGAGGCAUUACCCAUGCACGCAUCCACUUCCAUGUCCUCUUCAAGACGCCAGCUGCCGCUUUACUGACUUCGUUGCGAUCUCGCUUGCCAUAUAUCGGAAAGUGAGUAGCUUUGUUUCUUCCCUCCUCUUGCGUUUUCAUUGGAGCAAGGAGGAGCACCAGGGAGGCCGAGAGGAGGGCAGGAGAGGCUUGAAUCCUUAGUUAGGGUUUGAUUGUGGAGACUGACAGCUAGACGAGCCUUGUUCUUGAAUUAUUUUUAUGAGAUGGUGGCUUUUUGAUUCUUCCAGUUCGAACUCCAGUGUGCGCGCUUCGUUCUCUGGCGUUCAACUUAUUUAUUGUUUAAUGAUAAGUGCGAUGAGGAUGGCUGCGAAUCACAGCGUCAGUUUUCCUUACGGCGUUUUCCCGCAGUCCUUUUGCAAUCAGCACGUCGUUUCUUUUCAACCAGGGGCUGUAAACAGUGCAUCCGGACCAGUCUCAGGUGACGUGGACGUUUUAGGUGCAGUUGAUGGAACAACUGGGUUGAUGAAGAUAGGGAACUCUAGCAUGUUGAACACUAUUUCUUCCGUGAUGUCGACUAGUAAUUCUCCUGGAACUGUCCUUGAUCCGACACAGGGUCUUCAGCUUCGUGCAAAAUUUUCUGUGACUUGGUCCUUUGAAGAGCUGCAAGUACUGAAGCAAAGCAUCAUCAGAUAUGCUAGUGAACCUAAUAUCAUGAAGUAUGUCAAGAUAGCAGCUAGGCUCCCUGAGAAGACUGUGAGGGAUGUUGCAAUGAGGUGCCGAUGGAUGACUAAGAAAGAGAUUGGUAAACGGCGUAAACCUGAGGAUUGUUUGCUUGGGAAGAAGACAAAAGACAGGAAGGACAAGUUGAUCAACUCAUCCUCAGUGGCUUUUCUGCACCAAAACCCAUCAGAGAAUGUGACUGCCUAUUCUUCUAUGUGGCAUGACGGGAACAACAAUACCCCAUUUUUAUGCGGAGGCACCUGUUUGAUUGAUAGCAGAACUGGUCAGCUUCUGGAUGAAAAUGUAAAAAUUCUUCAACAGAUUGCUGUUAAUCUCGAUUACAAUGAGAUACAAAAGAAUAUCGAUUUGUUUUGUUGCUCAAAACUGAACAUAACUACCAUCUUGAAUAGCUGGACGACUCCUGUUUUCCACAGCAUGAGCGGAAUGACUGGUAUUAUGAGUCAGAUGCCUCCACUACCCAUUGAUAUCAAUGACAAUCUUAUGUCUAUAUUACAUUGUACUGCUCAUUCUUUUGGCCCUAAUAUAUUGGACGAGCGAGGAUUGGAGGAUGCCCUCACCCAAAUGGUGUAUUUGCUUUCAUGUAUCCCCUUGCUCCACGACAAGAUGCCACUCUUGAUAUGUGAACUAGGCAGAGUUAAGUAAAAUCAGGUUGGUUUACAGUCGAGAUCAUUUUUUUUUCCCUGUCGCAAAGGUUUCUUCGCCGUCAAGACAUUUUUUGGAGUUAUGAUGGAAUCAAAAGAUCAAUGUAAUUUGUAUUUGCAGAGACAAAAUGGCUGGGAACUAUCGACAGCGGCUUAAAGGAAGAGCCAAUGAGCUGGUAACCUGUGCGCAAUUUUCUAAUAUCAAAUGCAAGAUAGCUGGUUGAAGUAGUCUCCUGAGUGUACAUGCUCGCCAACGAGAAUAAAGAUUGCACGGUGGAGUCCUUGGUUUAUCAAGAGCUAGGCAAUAGGAACCUCUAUAUUGUCACCUACAGAUAGUCAGUGUUGUGCAAAUCAGAGCUUGUAUGUACUUUGUCAAUACACGACGGUAGGUUACUUAAGUUUUCAUCUCCGAAAGGUCAGUAUUUUGUAUAAGUAUCAUUAUUUAUGGAGGAUAUUCUGCCUAGUUGUAUCGAUCCAAGUGUAUAGAAAUGAUAUUUAUUGCUAGAUAAUAAAGUUUUGCUCUGUGGGUUUCAGUUUUGCUA